GCAUCUGAUCGCAUUAAGGAUUUGCCAAAUCCAUGGAGACUCUCCACAGUAACACAAGUUGAGGAGCUCAAGUCAAUAGUCCAUUUGCUCCCAGUUUGGGCAUCACUGAUUGCUUUUGCAACUGUAUACAGUCAAAUGAGCACUAUGUUUGUAUUACAAGGCAACACAAUGGACCAACACAUUGGCCCUCACUUCAAAAUUCCAUCAGCAUCUCUCUCCCUUUUUGACACUCUAAGAGUCAUCUUCUGGGCCCCAGUUUAUGACCGCAUCAUUGUCCCAUAUGCAAGAAAGUUCACUGGUCAUGAACAAGGAUUCACACAGCUUCAAAGAAUAGGCAUUGGCCUUGUCAUUUCCAUUAUUUCCAUGAUUGUUGCUGGCAUUUUAGAGGUUGUUAGACUUGACAUGGUGAGAAAAAACAACUACUAUGAUCUUGAAACUAUCCCCAUGUCAAUCUUCUGGCAAGUGCCUCAGUAUUUUCUUGUGGGGGCUGCAGAAGUUUUCACUAACAUUGGUCAAAUGGAGUUCUUUUAUGGUCAAGCACCUGAUGCCAUGAGAAGCCUUUGUGCUGCUCUAUCACUCACAACUAAUGCAUUGGGAAAUUAUGUGAGCACUUUGCUUGUUAUUAUUGUGACAAAAGUCACCACAAGCAAUGGAAGGCUUGGUUGGAUUCCUGACAAUCUGAAUAGGGGCCAUCUUGAUUACUUCUAUUGGCUUUUGACCAUUCUUAGCUUGCUCAACUUUCUUGUUUAUCUUUGGAUUGCUAAGAGGUAUACUUAUAAAAAGGUGAUAGGAAAUACUCAUUGA